UGAGACCAAUGGUUGUUGAGCACAUAACCGUACUAAAAACUUCCAGUGAUGUGGUUUUUUUCAUGAAAGAGGGAGGAGUUUACCAGUCUUCAAAAUGCCACCUGAACUCAAUCAAGGAAAUUCAUCAGAUUGUGUUUUCCCCCCAGAAGUGGAAGGUAAUUGUUUCCUUGUGAGCUGUGUUCUGCAUACAUAGACAGCUUGAAGAGAUGGCGUCUUACAGCACCAUGUCAGAGGACCAGUUCCUGUGCUCCAUCUGUCUUGGUGUUUUCACCAACCCGGCCACAAUCCCGUGUGGACACACCUUUUGCAAGUCUUGUCUCGAGGGUGACUGGAACAGCAGUGGAGACUAUGCAGUCUGUGCUGUGUGCAAUAUGAGCUUCACACCUACCCCCACCAUCUUGGUCAACAUAGUCCUGAGAGACCUUGUGGAAAGUUUCAAGGGGGCGAGUAGAUGUGGCGGCUCGGCCGUAGACAUUCCCACUGUGGCGCCGGGAGAGGUCUCCUGUGACGCGUGCUUAGGAUACGGGAUGACCAAGGCUGUCAAGACCUGCCUGGUGUGUGUGUCGUCGUACUGCCCGGAGCAUGAAGUGGUUCACAAUGCCCGGUUCUCCAGGCAUCAGCUGGUCAGGCCCCUGGCUAACCUGGAGAAGAGGAUGUGUUCGAACCAUGAGAGGCUCCUGGAGCGUUACUGCCGCACUGACAAGACCAUGCUGUGUGCGGGGUGUGAUACUCACCCGGAGCCAGCCCACCAGGUUGUGUCGAUGCAGGUAGAGUUCUGGGCUAAAAAGGCUCAGCUGACUGAAGCCCAAGCAAAGGUAAAGGAGAAGCUGAAGGCCACUCGGAAAGAAGCAGAGCAAUUCAACUCUUCAUUCCAUCACUGCAAGGAUGUAGCGACGAGCCAGAUCCGGUUUGUGAAUGGGUUCCGACUAGACCUGGUCAGCAAGGUGGGGCAGAUUUGUGAACGCUACAACAUUGAGGCCCGUAGGAGGGUGGAUGAGAUGAAGAGCACAGCCUCCCGUCGGAGACGUGUGCUUGAAGAUAACAUAACAGCUCUGACGAGCAGAGAUGCCGAGCUGGAGCGGCUGAUUGGCUCCUCAGACUCCUUUGCGUUUCUUAAUAUUCUUCCCUCUCUCCCUUCUGCUCUUCCAGAUGGGGUCGGAGAACAAUGCAGCAUCAACAUCCCCCCGGACCUACUGGGAAACCUUCUGUAUACCUUUAUGAAAGACAUGAACAAACUAGCCAAGAUGGGCAACUUGUCUACAAAUGGCUAUGCUGCCCCAGAGAUUGCCGUGGUUAAAAAGUUCACAGUUGAGGUGACUCCUGACCCCAGCACAGCCCACCCAUCGCUCCUGUUCAAACAGGCGUCACGUGAGAUCCGAGUGGACCAGAGGACGAGGGGAAACGUCUGGUCCAUGUCUGCUCAGCACUUCACCCAGGUGCUGUGCGUCCUCGCCCCCCAGGGAUUCAGCAGCCACCGAGCAUACUGGGAGGUGGAGGUGGAGAACUGGACUUCGAUGGGAUCUGGUGUGUGGUGUGUGGGUGUGGCAACUAAAUCCUCCAUGACAUCACAAGGGGUGGAUCUCACCCCUGAGAAGGGGUUCUGGGUCCUGGUACACCGCGGGGGAAAGCUUUGGCCCUCCACCACCACAACCCCUGUGGCUGUCGGAACACAAAGGAGAAUGAGACUGCCAAGUCCAAUACAGUGGAGUAGGGAGAAUGCUCCGGAGUCCUGUACAGAGACACGGGACUGUGUGGACACAUGAGAAAUAGGAUACCUUAAUCAGCAUGCAGAGUGUGAGAUCCCCAGGGAGGGGGGGCACCUUAUCAGAGGAGUCAUUCCAAUGUUCUAUCUGUCUGGAGGUCUUCGUAGAGCCUGUCUCGACCCCCUGCGGACACAGCUUCUGCAAGGCCUGUCUUCAGGGCUACUGGGAUCACAGCAAGAAGUUCCAGUGCCCCAUGUGUAAGAAGAGCUACACCCGGAGGCCGGAGCUCAGCAUAAACCGUGUCCUCGCCGAGAUUUCUUCCCAGUUCCAGGGGCUCGAUGUGGGGGUGACUUCACCGAACACGAAGGCGGGUGCGGUGGCUGGGUCUCUGGCGGUGGGACAUGGGUUUCACGGAGAGUCACCUGCGGCGGAGGGUGGAGAGUUCGCCCGGGCGGGCGAGGUGCCAUGUGAUGCAUGCAUUGGGAGGAAGAUGAGGGCAUUGAAGUCUUGUCUCAACUGUCCCGGGUCAUACUGCGACGCACAUCUCCGACAUCACAAGAAGGUGAAGUCUCUGACAUCCCACCGCCUGGUUGAGCCCAUGCACCGCCUGGAUGAGAAGAUCUGUAAGAAGCACGAGCGCCUGCUGGAGGUCUACUGUCGUAACGACCAUGGCUGCGUCUGCAUCUCCUGCGCAGAAGCCUCACACAAGACCCACGAGAUCGUCUCCGUCGACCGUGAGUGGAAGAAGAAGAUGAGUCAUCUGGGCAAGUGGAGGUCGGAGCUUAAACACCUAAUCAAGGAGCGGGCCAAGAAGUUGGAGGAGAUCAACCAGUCCAUACGGGUCAUAAAAAGCACUUCCCAGAGGGAGUUGGAGGACAGCUGGCAGGUGUAUGCAGAGCUGCAGCGUCUAGUGGAGCAGAGCCAGGCUGAGCUGGUGGAGCUGAUCGCUACGAGACAGCGUGAGGCGGAGAGGCAUGCCCAGGAUCUGGCCAGAGGUCUGGAGGAUGAACUGAGCCAGCUCCGGAAGAGGAGCGGAGAGCUGGACGCCCUGGCACAGAACCAGGAUAAAGUCAUCUUCCUCCAGAGCCUGCCCACCCUGGCGCCCCUCCCAGAGCCCAGUAAUUGGUCAGGCGUGAGUGUGAACACAGAACUCUACCUAGGAACCAUCCAAUCAUCCGUAAGCACCCUUGUCGACAGGUUCCAGGAAGAACUGAAGAGUCUGUAUGGAAAAGAGCUCAGGCAGCUGCAGAACUAUGCAACUGAAGUGUACCUAGACCCAGGCACUGCCCAGAGGAACCUGGUCCUGUCAGAGGACGGUCGCCAGGUGAUAUACGAGGAACGGAAGCACAACCAGUCGGAAGGCACUCGGCGCUUCAGCCCUGCACUCUUUGUGCUCGCUCGCGAGGGCCUCUCCUUUGGACGCCAUUACUGGGAGGUUGAGGUGGGCCGCAAGACUGCCUGGACUGUGGGUGUGAUGCGGGCAUCGGCCCGCCGGAAAGGAGAGAUAAAGCUGAGCCCUGACGGAGGGUACUGGUGCCUGUGGCUGAAGAGUGGGGAGGUCAAGGCUCUGGCAUCCACUCGACAGCCCCUCCAGCUGACCUCUCACCCCCAGAAGAUUGGCAUCUUCCUUGACUAUGAAGGUGGCCAGUUGUUGUUCUACGACGUCAAGGCGCGCACGCACCUCUUCACGUUCGUGGAUACUUUCAGUGAGAGUUUGUAUCCGAUAUUCAGUCCCUGUCUCAACCAGGAUGGAAAGAACAUGGCCCCGCUCAUCAUCAGUGCUGUGAAACAUAGCUGAGACUAAACAUGGCAUGGGUUGUGUCCCAAAUGGCACCCUAUUCCCUAUACAGUGCACUAAGUUUGACUGCACUCCCAUGGGCCCUGGUCAAACAUAGUGCAGGGAAUAGAGUGCCAUUUGGGAUGCAACUUGACGACAACCCAUUCUGCUCAGAGGUUGACCAAUCACAGUUUAGCCACUUGAUUAGGGGCCUGAGUUCUUCCUCACUGUGUGAUCUUACCAGGAAAAACUGUGGUACCCAAGUGAUAGCCAAUAUACUAUAUAACUAAGGCCCAGAGUUUUCCUCAGGUUAGGUAACAUGGUCAGGAAAGCUAAUGUUUGAUUGACCUUACUGUCCAGAUUCUUACUUGCUUUAAUAUACAGAAGUCUAAUGCUUUACAUUUGAACUAUUUUGAUAGCUGGAUUAAUCAAAAUGGACAUUUAGUUGGGUAUUGCCAUACUUUAAUUUGAUUAUUGCUUUACUAAACAACUAAACAUGUUAAGUAUUUGUUAAAGGGAUCGGUCUUUGGAUAAAAAUAUAUCUUCUAAAAAUCCUUACUGUGGAACAGUUUACCUUUUUUUAUGUCUCAUUAUAUAUUUUUAAUAAGUCUAGAAGUAAAUUGAAAGCUAUAAACCUAACUACAGUACAGCAACUUCGUGUGUGUACGAAUGGAGUCGUGACUCCGACAUUGCUUAUGCUAAAACUUCUAUUCCAUUGUUUUACUUUUUGAUUGGUGUGUGUAUUCUUAGAUAUUACUGCACAGUUGGCGCUAGGAACACAAGUGUUUCACUACAUACACAAUAACCUCUUAAAUAUGUAAAUACAGUACAGAAAAUUCAGAAGUUUUUACUUUUGCACUUCAAUCUGCAGCUUUUAAAUAAAGAUGUUCUAUCAAG